AUGGUGGUCCCGAGGAUCACUGGGGUCCCAGGGAUGGCCGCUCUCAUGAUGUCCUUGGUGAUGCUAAGCUCCCCUUUGGUUCAGAGCAGAGACACCCCAGAGCUUCACGUCUACGAGAGGCGGAGUACCUGCCUCAAGUUCAACGGGACGCACCGCUUCCUGGAACAAUGCACCUACAACCGAGAGCGGCUCGUCCAGUCCGACAGCGCCGUGGGGCUGUUCGCCGCCGUGUCCGAGCUGGGCGGCAUCACGGCCAAGAACUGGAACAUUCAGAGGGAGUUCCUGGCUCUGAGACGGAACGCCGGGGUCCUGUGCAAGCACAACUUCGACCUCGACGAGGGUUUCACGCUGAAGCGCCCACUCCAGCCUCAAGUGCAUGUCUCUCCCUCCAAGAAGGGGCACCUGCAGCACCACAACCUGCUUGUUUGCCAUGUGUCAGAUUUCUACCCAGGCCACAUUCAAGUCUGCUGGUUCUUGAAUGGACAGGAGGAAACAGCUGGGGUUUUAUCCACCAACUCGAUGCAUAAUGGAGACUGGACCUUCUAGAUCCUGGUGAUGCUGGAAAUGACUCCCCGGCAGGGAGACGUCUACGCCUGCCAAGUGGAGCACCCCAGCCUAGACACUCCUGUCACCGUGGAGUGGAAGGCACAGUCUGAUUCUGCCUGGAGCAAGAUGCUGGCUGGAGUCGGAGGCUUUGUGCUAGGCAUCGCCCUUGGAGCAAGCUUCAUUCUCCUUUGUAGAAGAAGCCAGCGAGGGAUGAAGUUGUGA